AUGAAUCAUAUAAUUCAAAAUCAGUUCAUACCGCAGCAAUUGCUAUAUUUUAUUGCUGGCCGACGCUGCUGCCAACAGUUCGCUCCGAUAUUUCGGGCUACCGAGCGAGAAAUAUUUAUGAAGUCCGCCCAAGCUGUUGGUCUUCGCGCGCUUUGUGUGUGCAGUGACGGUCAAUGUUGUAUUAAAGUUUAUAAGCGUGUGUGCAAACAUUAUUUGGAAGAACCAAAAAUAUUAGUGCUGCACAAAUCUACAAUUGCGGACAUGUUUGCUUUACUUGAUAAAACCUUGACCUAUGUAGAAGGAGACGAAUCAUUUUUAUUCUCAGCAGGCAUUGAUAUGUCAGUGCCGUCUCUACAUAUGCAUUUGUCGCCCAUCACACCACCGCCAUUACGUUCUCAAACAAAAAAGCAACGAGACUAUCUGAAAAGCCUGGCUGGAUUUGGGAGCCGCGACAAAAUACUUCCGUCCAUCUAUGCUUUUCGCGUCGUUGUAGUAAAUGCUGAGCUUUAUUGGGAUAAUUCUGUGCUCCUGCCAAUUCUUAUAUUAGAAGAUUGCCGGAAGAAAAAAUUGAACGCGAAAAUUUUUUGUAUUGAAAGAGAUAAUAUCCUGGCUAUUUACAAUUGUGAGCGCCUCGCAAGUUUUUACGGAGAAGAGGUCGGGGAGACGGUCGGCAUUCAAAUUCCUCAGUACAGCAAUAUUAGCACUAUGUCGCAUAUUGUGUACACGACUUCGAAGCACUACCUUCGUUUGUUGAUUAGCCAAGAUGCUGCGGACAAAUUUCAAAACGUAAGCCACUUCGUGGUAAAUGAUGUCCAUCUGCAUGACCCGCACACUGACAUCUUAGCCAACGAAUUACGUAAUGCGCUGUCCACAAAAUCAAACAUGAAAGUAGUACUGCUUUCGCAAAACCACGAUCUACAGCCAUAUAUUACGUUUUUCGGAGAGGGCAUUCAAAUAAAAAUGGAAGUUAUGGAAAAGGGUGUCACUCGAAUUCUAUAUUUGGAGGAUAUUCACAGCUGUAUAUCCUUAGCUGGUUUGCACAAGGCGCCAGAGAUUGUGUACAAGGAUCAACUGCAGCUGUUUAGGAAUAACAGUGAUAGAAAUGCCCAGCUGGAUAACUGCUUACAAGCAUAUGAGCAGCUCGGCACAGACGCAGCUUUUCGCCUCUUUUUGUAUGCUGUCAAUUACGAGCUUGUGCCCGUAAAUUACCGGCAUUCGGUUCAUGGAAAGACUGCUAUUUUGAUCGCUACCCAACUAAACAAUACGGGUCAUGUGCGCCUUCUGCUGUUUUUGGGCGCUGACCCUUAUAUCGUAGACGAGUGGAAUCAAAGUGCCGUUUCCUUUGCGGCAAAAAGCAACAGCGAAUGCAAUGAUGUCUUUAACAAUUACAGUCUUCAUGGAAAUGCUAUUAGAGAUGCCAAGCCAGAAUUUGUAGACUAUGACCUGAUCAUUGAUAUAAUAUACUUAUUACUAACAAGACCGGAAUAUCUACCAGGUAUGUAUUUACUAGGGAACAUUUUAAUCCUAUUACCGACAUAUUAUCACAUGGUUAAACUAAACUACAUGUUACUAAGCCACUACCUGACUGGAAAUCUACAAACAUUUGCCAUAUUCCUGCUGCAUUCAAACAUGGACAAAGUACACGUUGAUGCCUUAGUUAAAUCCCAAGCGGAUACAAUCAAAAUCGUGCUAGCGACUGAUAUAAUUGAGUCAAUGCGAUUGGACAUUUUAUUUACGUACUCAAUAGACACAGCCUGCGAAGUGAGAACAUUGUACAAUAGCACAACAUAUAGCAAUGAAAACAAAUACGAAUGGCUGGCAAAGGACCGUCUUUGGAGACGGAAACUUAUGCUAAAUUCGGACGUUACAGAGAAGCAAUGUUUCCGAUUAAUAUCAAUGCAGGCAUAUGAGAGGCUAACUGAGACUAGCGAGCCACCUAUAAAGAUGGCACCUCUGGAUAAGAUUUGUUUGACCGUAAAACUGCUUUCUCCCAAUAUGAUGAUUAGUGAAUACCUAAGUUAUAUAAUUGCUCCACCGCAAUUGCUAAACGUACACCACGCAGUUCAAUUUUUGAAAAAAAUUGAAGUACUGGACGAGGCCGAAGACGUUACCUGGUUGGGUUGCCGGCUUAUAGACUUGCCCGUGCCAUGUCAACUGGGACGCACGUUAAUUUUUGGUAUUUUGCUUCAUUGCUUGGAUCCUAUACUAACCAUAGUUAGUUCGUUAAUUAAUACUGAUCCGCUUGGCAUACCGCUCAACGAAGACAUAGAUCGUCUUUGGGAUCAGUUCACGAUUUACAUACAAAAUCGGAUUAAGGGCGAACGUAUACGAUUGUCAGAUAAUCAGUUUUCCGAUCACUUUGUAUUUGUUCAUUUAUUUCACGAAUGGCACUGUCGUUUAAACAAUAGCUUACCUCCCCUAUAUCUAACUGAUGAGUACGAGUUUAUUGUAAAUGGUCUAAUGGAGGAGUUAAACUUUACACGUUCCAACAUUGUGACUGCCCUACGGACCGCCCAUUUGGUUCACAGCCAUGGUCAGCUAAGCAUGCAAGCCGCUAAUUCAAAUUCGGCUAGUUGGCCGCUCGUAAAAGCUGCUCUUACUGGAGGCAUGUAUCCCAACAUUUGCGUCGUAGAUGCCCAGAAAAAUAGUCUUAAGUCGGCCUACUCAAUGGGCCUUCAUUUGCAUCCAAAUUCGGUGCUUCGCGAUUUUCUAGAGCCAUUUAGCAAGUGCGCCCAAAAGUUUAAAACACCUUGGAUAGUUUGCACCCAGCAGAACAAUCAAAUUAUUUAUGGAUCUGUGGUCUUACCCUUAACCGUGGCCAUGUUCGCCGGUCCCACAAAACUAAGACGUACUCAGAUGUCACAGGAUCAAACACAUUUGAAUAAUUACAACAUUCAUCUUUUCAUCGAUGAAUGGAUUUGGAUGGCCAUGUCAAAAUCAGCAGUUGAAUUGCUUCUGAAAACCCGCCAAUGUUUCUUUAAGACCUAUCAUUACUUUUUAAAGCACUGCAGUAACUCAGAUAAAUGGCAACGCAAUACGGAAAUCGCUCACCAUCCCUUCAUAUUUCAAAUGCUGUCUAAAAUUCUCGAAACUGAAGAAAUUUUGGCUGGACUUACCAAAUUUUCAAAUAUUGGAUACCAGCCUAUCGUUAAAAUGCCCAGCUCUUAUUUGCUCUCGAUUAAUUCGCACUUCAAUCAAAGCCACGAGGUCGAGAAUGCCAUAUCCAUUGAAAGACAGUUCUUUCUAUUGUACACAGAAUCUCCAAAACAAUUUUAUCGAAUCAAUAACAAAGCAAUUGUCGAAAAUGCUCUUGGAAAAUUUGUUAGACCAAUUGAGUCCCCAAAGAGACAUAUAUUCAUCAUAUUAUAUGGCAAGAAACCGGAUAAUGUAUACAGCAUCAGCCGGGCAAUCACUAUAAAAGGCGAGUUGGUACUAAAGGAAUAUUUUAGAAAUUCUAUUCCAGUAUUGGAGAUCAUGGAGGCCUGUGCAUCGUUGAAUGUGUCUCUACCAACUUUUGACGAGCGCCUGACGGUAUCAUUGAUCGACAAAAGAGUUGGGAAAUUAAUCAUGGAUUUGUUUGCCUUUCGAAAUCAUUGGAUCCACAAAAGAUAAAUGAUAACUUUUAUAGUCAUUGUGUUUUUCUUUCUAUUUGUAAUUUGUUUGAAUUCUUAAAUAACUGCGAAAUUAUGAAAAGUA